CAUAGUUUUAUUUUAACUUUUAUAUCCAUUUAAUCAAUUCAAUUUCAACGAAUGUAUUUAAUAAUAAGAGUGUUUGUACUUGGUAAGAGUUUGUUUAAUAUAUAAUAAGGAGGCACUAGUGAGUUGAAAACCCAACAAGAUGGAGCAAGACAAUUCCAUUGGCAAGGUAAUCAAGUUCACACAUGUUCUCGCUGCCUCCUUCGCCGGUUUAGUUGCCGCCGCCGCCGCCUCAAGCUACCGCCGCCCAGCGUCCACGGUGGUCGGAGACCAGAAGAAGGUCAUUCCUCGCCUGGAUAGGACGGAAUCUGGCCGUGUCGGAAAGAUCGAAAACUUCUCCCACUAUGUUGCAAGGCAAAUUGGGUUUGAAGAUGCUAGUGAGGUUCCAGAGCUAUGCAUAUUGGCCCAAGACUAUUUGAGAAAAUCCAAAGGGUGUGAUGAAAAUAUCUAUGAAUAUAUUUCCAAUGCCAAUGAGGACGACCCCGAUUCCCUAUAUGUGAAAUUGGUUGAUGAGUUUGAGAGAUGCAUCCUAAGUUACUUCGCAUUUCAUUGGAACCAAGCUACAUCUGUGGUUAGUCAGGUUUUUAGUGCGGAGUCUCCGCAGAAAAGAAAGCUGAAGGAAAUUCUAUUGGCAGCUACAAGGAAACAGAGGUUUGAGAGAGUAACGAAGAAUCUGAAGGUGACAAGAGUGUUCUCUACUUUGGUGGAAGAGAUGAAAGUAAUAAAUGGUGACGCGCAAUACACAGACGUGAUGGUACCCAUGGCCCUCAGUGAGAGGAGUCCAGUGCUGAUGUUUAUGGGGGGUGGCAUGGGAGCUGGAAAGAGCACUGUUCUUAAAGACAUUCUUAAAGAACCAUUUUGGUCGGGAGCAGCUGCAAAUGCUGUGGUGGUUGAGGCAGAUGCUUUUAAGGAGAGUGACGUCAUAUAUAAGGCCCUUAACUCCAGAGGUCACCAUGAUGACAUGCUCCAAACUGCUGAACUGGUGCAUCAGUCUUCCACCGAUGCUGCAUCAUCUGUGCUAGUCACAGCUCUAAAUGAGGGUCGCGACGUGAUCAUGGAUGGUACCUUAUCGUGGGAACCAUUUGUGGAGCAGACUAUUGCUAUGGCAAGAAAUGUUCACAAAUACAAGUAUCGAAUGGGGUUAGGGUAUAAAGUAGCUAAAGAUGGGACAGUUAUUGAGAAUUACUGGGAGCAGGUAAAUGAGGCAGAAGAAGAACAUCAAUCAGAGGAAAUUUCUAAUGGAGAACCACGCACUCGAAAGCCUUACAGAAUUGAGCUAGUUGGUGUGGUUUGUGAUGGCUAUCUUGCUGUUGUUAGAGGCAUUAGGAGAGCUAUUAUAACAGGGAGGGCAGUGAGGGUGAAUUCACAAUUGAAAUCUCAUAAAAGGUUUGCUAAUGCAUUUCCAAGAUAUUGCAAACUUGUUGAUAAUGCCAGGCUUUAUUGCACAAAUGCUGUUGGUGGUCCACCAAAGCUCAUAGGGUGGAAGGACGGUGAUCACAAUCUACUGGUGGAUCCUGAAGAUAUCAAAUGCUUGAAGAGGAUAGGCAGUUUGAAUGCUGAAGCUGAUUCCAUCCACGAACUUCACAAGGAACCCAACCCCAUAAUGGAACCUGGUUCUGUUUGGAAUGACAUCAUUAUGUUACCUUCAAGGCCAAGUGAUCAGAAACAACUGAGGGAGGCCAUUCAGAAAAUAGAGAAAUCCAUUAGAAAAAAUGUAACCAAUAUCGUUGCGUGAUAUGUUUGAGCCGUGUUCAGCUAUCUUGUGAAGUUAUCACGUUUUAUGUUAUAUCUACUAUUCCUAUGUUUUACUAACAUAAGGAAGACUAUUGUGUGUCAUUUUGUGGCAUCAAAAUGCAAAACAUCCCUCGAAACAUUUUGUUGCAUAAUAUGUGGAAGCAGUGUUUGUCUA